AUGACGCAGUGCGAGACAGAGCAGAGGCGGGGCCAGUCGGUGCUGCGGCCCAACAUCCGACUACUGUGCGCGCUGGGGCUGUGGCAGCCGGCGGGCUCUGCGCUGUUCCACGCCUACACGGCGGCCGUGCUGGCGGUGGGCGUGGCGCACCUCGCCGUCGCCUCCGUGGGUCUCUGGUUGCGGCCCGGGGGCCUCGCCGAGGUGACGCUCGGGCUGGCCAACCUGUUCGUCAUCCUGACAGCGCUAUCCAAGUCGGUGCUCCUGCUGAGCCGGCGGCCGCUCUUCUACGCGCUGGUACAUCGAGUGGACCAGAUGGCGGCGGAGCAGCAGGUGUUCUGCGACCGCGACUCCUCCCUGCUGCAGCUGAGCAGCCGCUCGCAGGCGCGCGCCACCCGCCUGACCCUCUUCCUGCACUGGUACGUUCUGUUCGCCCUCCUCUCGUGGGCGGUGAUCCCGCUGUUGGCACCUCAUGGCGAGCGCCUCUGGCCCUUCCAGCAGCUGCCCCUGGAGCCCUGGGGUCGCUCCCCGCUGUACGAGUGCUCCUACGCCCUCCAGUGCGUCGGUACCGCCUAUUUCUCGCUGAUCAACAUGGACACCGACUGUUUCUUCAUGGCCGUGAUGGCCCACGUGUCUGUCCAGUUCAGAAUUCUGGUGUCUCGCUUCGCCAGCCUGAACGCCGUCGAGGCGAUGGUGGCCGAGUCUAAACCGAGCACUGUCCGCGAAGUAAGCCCUCAGAUCCGACUGGGUCACGACGUCGUUCACCGACAACUGCGUGCCUGCGUAGAGACUCAUCAGAAGCUACUGAGUCUGGUGAGGUACCUGAACAUUGUGAUGAGUCCUAUGGCGAUGAUGCAGUUGGCGGUGGGCGCUAUCAACACCUGCAUGGUGCUGUUUCCGGCCACAUAUAGUGAAGACGACGCGGCUGUCAUGAAAUGUUGGGGCGCGCUGCCUCUAAUCGCUACACAGGUGUUCCUCUACUGCUCCGGGGCCCAGCACCUCAUGGACCAGGCAGAAGCAGUGUCCACGGCGGCGUACAGCUGCGGGUGGCCGGAGUCCAGCUGUCAGCUGCGGCGCUCCCUGCUGCUGGUGAUCUGCCGAGCCCAGAGGCCGCUGGCACUGACGGCUGGCGGGAUGUUCCUCAUCAACAGGGCCACCUUCCUCUCGCUACUGCAGGCAACUUACUCAUACUACACGCUGCUGCAACAUUUUAACAGUCACUGAAGACAGCGUGCGACAGAUUGAUCUUGCUUUGUAUCUCGGAUGAUGCUCUUCGCACAAAGCAC